AAAUUCACAACAAAUUGUAGUGGCUGAGGUUGCGUCUCAGUGUUUUGUCUCUGUGAGCCAAGGGCGUCUCUGGUUUUAGCUCUCUCUGAAACGCCUGACUCCAAACUCCAAAUUACUACUGCUUUGUUUCUCGUUCGCUCGCUCUCUCUCCUUCUCUUUCUCUCUCCCCCCUCUUUGCUACUGUCCUAUCAGCUAGGGCCCUCCUUCCCCGACUAAUUGGUUCAGAUUCCGAUCCAUCGCUGCCGGAAUAUCUUUGUUUUCCAACCAGCGAACCUCCGAUGAACUCACUCUGUUCAUGAUCAGACCUCAGGGACCAGGUCAGAGCACCGGCAGUCUAAGCAUUCAAUGGCUGUCUCGGAAGGUUCCGGCGUCAUCCGGUUCGUUUUGGUGAGGAUUGUGAUAAAGGGAAUUUUCUUUUAGUGGAUUUGUUAAAGUUGUUUCGGAUUCAGAAAAGCGUCUCUGCUGCGGUGGAUUCUGAAAAAGAAAAAAAAAUGGGAUUUUCUUUUUUAUUUUGGUUCUUCUUUUAGUGGAUCAGUAUUAUUAUCUUGUAGUAGCUUUUGUUGUUAGUUGCGGAGACGGAUCUCUAUCGCGGUGUUUUGUUGCUCUUUUGCAGUAGAAUUAAGUUAUGAGGUUACGUUUGCGGCAGCACGACUAGUUUCGAGCAUACAACAUCGAGAGAGAUGGAAGAACGAGGAUGCAUCACUUGCUUGUAGAGAAGAUUUGAAGCAGCGAUUAGCUGCAGACGUCCUGUAAUGGACGUCUAUUCUUCUGGUGAAGACUUGAUCAUAAAGACGAGGAAGCCGUAUACAAUAACUAAACAACGAGAGAGAUGGACAGAGGAGGAGCACAACAAGUUCCUAGAAGCAUUGAGACUGUAUGGGCGAGCAUGGCAGCGUAUAGAAGAACAUAUUGGAACAAAGACUGCCGUGCAGAUAAGAAGUCAUGCACAAAAGUUCUUUUCAAAGUUAGAAAAAGAGGCUCUUUCUAAAGGCAUACCUCUAGGGCAAGCUAUUGACAUAGAUAUACCUCCUCCACGCCCUAAAAGGAAGCCAAGCAAUCCAUACCCUCGGAAAACUGGUACAGGUGCACCUACAUCCUCUCCAGCUGGAGUUAAAGAUCCAAAACAAUUGACGUCAGGAUCUUCUUUGUACCCUGGUAAACAAAUGCUGGACUUGGAGAGUGACCCGCAACCAGAGGGAGCUGCUGAAGCUGAAAAAUCAGCUAGAUCAAAAGAAACUAUGAAUGAAGAAAAUUUCUCAGAAAUGAUUACGCUUUUUCAAGAGGCUCCUUGUGUUUCAAUGACUUCAUCAAGCAAAAGUUCCAUAGCAGCACCUCUGGUUCUCAGUCAACCAUGUACCCUAAGGGAGUCUACGCCUUCAAUGAAAGAGAUGAAAGACCGGGGUGUAAUAGAAGAAUCAUAUUUGACUGUCAAAGCCAAAAAGAAUAAAAAACCGGGCACAGCAGAUGCAGACCAUACAGACCUUAAUGGUGUAAGUGAGCCUCCAAACUCGGGGGAAUCCUGCCUAAAUUCAGAAGAUCAACAGGUAAAAGGAGAGAGGAAAGAUGGACGAAAGGAGUCAGAAAAACUUGAUCCACAGUCAAAAAAUGAGAUGCAGACCAAUCAAAACUACCCAAGGCAUGUGCCCGUGCAUGUUGUGGAUGGAAUCUCAGGACCAUGCAUGCAAAUUCCGUCCCCUGACAUGACGUAUCCAGCAUUUAUCAUUCAUCAAUUGGGAGGAAUUCAUGGAAAUCCAGCAUCUGUCAUUCAUCAAGUGGGAGGAGCUCAUGGAAAUCCAAAGUUCAUGGAUCCAACGGCCUCUAUAAUUAAUGAACAUCAAAGCAAUGCCUCAAGGUCUUCCUUUCAUCAACCAUUGCCUACUUUUCCGCCUCCCUUCACCCCACUCUGCAACAACCAGGAUAGUUACCGGUCGUUUAUCAACAUCUCCUCCACUUUUUCAAGCCUUGUUGUAUCUACUUUGCUGCAAAACCCAGCAGCUCAUGCUGCAGCAAGCCUUGCGGCAUCAUUCUGGCCCUGCACCAAUGCCGAUGCUCCUCUGGAAUCUCCUGGUACUGUUGGAGAAUUUCAAGCCAGGCACAUGAGCCCAUCUCCUAGUUUGGCAGCAAUUGCUGCUGCUACAGUGGCAGCUGCUUCUGCAUGGUGGGCAGCCCAUGGAUUGCUGCCUCUGUGCCCUCCUCUUCACCCUGGGUUUACAUGCAUUCCUCCAUACACAGCUGCAACCCCAUCGACAGAUACUGUCCAACCUCCGGUUAUCAACAAAGAAAAAAUGGAAAAUACUCUUCAAGAUCCUCCAUGGAAAGAUCAACAGCUGGAUCCAGAAUUCUCUGAGGCUUUGGAAACACGACGCUUAGAUUCCAAAUCACCACCUCUGUCAUCUUCCGACUCUGAGAGUGGUGGUGUAAGGUCAAACAACGAGUUAAAAGUCCAGGUGCAGAAGCCAGUACUGGUCAAUGGGUUCCUUGACUCCAAGAUAAAGACCAGAAAACAAGUUGAUCGUUCUUCAUGUGGCUCUAAUACACCGUCUGGCAGUGAAGUAGAGACAGAUGCAUUGAAAAAGCAUGAGAAAGAAGAGGAAGAUUCAAAAGAACCAGAUUUAAGCCAUCCAUCUGCAGAGCCUAAUAAUCGUCGCAGUAGAAACACCAGCAACACGAAUGAAUCCUGGAAGGAGGUCUCGGAGGAGGGACGGCUAGCCUUUCAAGCACUAUUCUCCAGAGAAGUGCUGCCGCAGAGCUUUUCACCACCACAUGAUAGCAAAGAACCUCCAAAAUGCACCAAUGAAAAAGAAAAGCAGAAGUCGGACGAGAAAGAUAAAGAUGACAAGUUGCAGUUAGACCUGUGCUGUAAGACAUGGGAGGCUUCUCCGGAACGUCCAGGGACGAAAAAGAACGAGUUACUGAUAAGCAGCGGCAGUACUACUGAGACAGGACUUCUCAUUACCGAGCUUGGACAUGCAAAGCUCAAGUCUCGGAGGACAGGAUUUAAACCUUAUAAAAGGUGUUCAGUUGAAGCCAAAGAGAACAGAGUGGCAAAUGCCUACAGCCAAGGUGAGGAGAAGGGUCCUAAGAGGAUACGUUUGGAAGGGGAAGCUUCAACGUCAUAAGGCAUGCAAUCAUGCAAAGAAAACCUUUGCUUCUUGCAUGUGAUUCUUUGUCUCCCUUUUUCUGAAGUUAUUAAUUUUAGGUCCUAAAGCUAAAUCUCACGAAACUUAUCGUGUACGUGUGUAGUAUAUAUCUCUACAUUUGCUUGAUUCUCGUAUGACUUGAACAGUUGGACCCUGCAAAUUCACUUUGGUAAAUGCAAAAAGACUACAUGAACAUUUGAAAAGACUACCUAAUAAAGCAUUAAUAAAAAUUUAAGCCCUAAUUUGUCUUUUC